AUGCCGUGGGGGCCUUUUUCCGUUUCGCUGGGCCAGAAGCAUAUUAUACAUGCCAUUCAAAACCGCCAACCAACUUUCCUCAGCCUCGCAGCUUGGAUCGAGAUUCCAUUUUCCGAUAUCGCCCCGUCUGUCAUGCAGGCCUUUCUCAACGAGUUUGUUCAUCUGUCAUCUUUACUCUGUCAAAUGGAUGGUCUUUGUCUUGCGGUGGAUUCUCAACCAACCAGUCAGUCCGGGAUUGAGCAACAAGUACUACUAUCCCUCUUCACAGAUCUUUCUGCGCGUCUGGAUCAUUGGGAGUAUACUUUGACUACCUCGUCUUUCUCCUAUGAGCGGUGUCACUAUUUCUCUCCCGAAGCCGACGAUGACUACGACGAUGAGAGUGGCCAUCGACCCAUCUCUUACCCCAACGUGACAAUGGCAAAUAUCUUCACGCACCUAUGGGCCUUUCAAAUCAUCACUCUCCAGGAGAUGACUAUUCUCACCUCUGCCCUCUCUGAAACGAUAUCGUCAUCGCCGUCUCCAUCAUCCACAUCGUCCCCGGAGGACCGUGCAAUAGUCCUCGCCAGAAAUAUUUCUCUGAGUAUGGACUAUCUCAUGAAAGAGGAUAUGGGUCUUUUUGGCCCGGCUUCAUCAUAUUUUCCUCUCCGGGUGGCUUGGGAAGUUCUCAAAGAGGGCGGUGAUCAUUUUUAUGGUACUCAUGUGAAACGGAGUGUCAAUCGACUCGUUACAAGAGGGCUUUUGUCUGCGCCGACUCUUGUCUUUGGUCCUGAACUUGAAUUGCAUUAA